AUGCUGUCCACGACACUCGGACCGGCCACUGUACUUUUAAUGAUGGCAGGUGCCUUCAACGCUGUCAUGCACACCAGCCUUUGGCAGUCGUAUCUCUUAGCAGUCGGGCCCACAGUUGUCUAUCUUGUCAUGUGUUUUAUUCUUAAAUCCGAUUACCAGUUGACCAUUGGCGCCAUUCUUAGUGCUGUCUAUUCUCUGUUAAUGAUGUCCGUCAUAGUUGGAACAAUGGUACAGGUUGUUGAGGACACAUUUGUCAGCCCCAAUGCUAUAUUUUUACUUAUUCUGCUUGCUGUCUUCAUAAUAUCCGCCAUGUUUCAUCCACAAGAGUUUUUGUGUUUGUUAUCAGGAGCCUUGUAUUUCCUCUGCAUUCCAUCUGGUUAUGUCCUUUUAAUUGUUUACGCUAUGUGUAAUAUGCAUGUGGUUUCUUGGGGAACCAGGGAAAAAGCGGCUCAGGUAAACAGGCCUGAUCCCGAAAAAGAGAAAGUCUCCCCAAAGAGUAGCCUUAUGUCAUGGCUAGUCCGGAAGGAAGAGGAAGACACCUGUUGUCCAAGCAUUGUACGAUUCUUUCGGCGUCUCUGUGGCGGACGACACAACACAGAUGUCAAUACAGAGAUCCUGCGAUGCGUCAUGGAGAAACUUGACAAAGUCGAAGCAGGGGUCAAGUCAGUGAACACUUCAACGAACGGAUCUCGACGACGAGGAUCCUCAUCUCGCUCGAGACGUUCACGUCGCUCCAACAUUGGAAAUAUUGAAGAGGAAGACAUGGGAAAUGACGAGAGUGGUGACGAUACGACAAGCACAGAUGAAGAUUUGGAACUGGAAGAAAUAAGGGACCCACUGGUCAACCCGAAAUGGCUGGAGGAUGUCAGCUUGGGUAAUGGAGAAAUCAAAUAUUUGCCUGAACAUGAAAUCGGUUUCUGGCAGCAGUGCAUCGCCAAAUAUCUACACCCGAUUUCCGUCGAUAAAAACCAUCAGGCUCAAGUUGCCACUGACUUAAAAUCAAUGCGUAACAACGUUGCCUUUGCCUUUUUUAUGCUGAAUGCUUUUUGGAUGAUUAUUAUCUUCAUGCUUCAAAGCGUCAAAGACAAGGUAAGCAUCCCGAUUCCAAGACCUGGUCAAGAUCCUCUACCCAUCGAACCUCUAGGUUUGGUAUUCCUUGUGUUUUUUGCCUUCAUCCUCAUUCUGCAGUUCGGGGCUAUGCUGAGGCAUCGAUACGGUACUCUUUUGCAUAUCUUAGCGUCAACCGAGCUUCGCUGCUGCCGGAAGCGAUACGACCCGAAGAAGCACAUUGAAGAGGCUGUAGAAUACGCGCGCGUGCUCCAAAGGCUUUACGGAAUUGAUGAUGACACAGAUCAAGACCUCGACUACUCCAGCUCGCAAGACAGUAAGAGUAACCUUCACCGAAGUAGUGCACUUUCAGACAUCGAUCCUCUAAACUGCAGUGGAAUUUUUGGGUCCUCAGGCCGGGGUACAACAACCACUGUGCUUACAAACUUAGACCCUCUCUUCCCAGCCGUAUACGACAACAUGGGCUACACUGCUUCCAACGGAAAUCUGGCCUUUGACGAACGGGCAUCAUCUCGACGAACAGACAAAGAUCGUGGAUUUGGUCCGUCGAAAAGGAGUCGGAAUCGUCAGAAAGGGAGACAUACAGAUAAGAAUAGUACCCUCCGCAGGGCGUUUGUACGCAGGUACACAAGACUGAUGCGACAGCAGUCAACGCCAAGCCAAAGUAUAUCGAUGAAAGUUGAUCAGGCAAACCGAAGAGAUCGGCCCUCUAUUAGAACUCAAGACGAGACGUAUACACCACAAUUCAACCAACUUAACAGAUGA